AUGGAUGUCCGUAAUGAAUCAAGAUGGGGUAUUGGUGCCGAGAUUUUGCUUCGACGAGGUCAACGGGCACCUUCAAACAGUGUCCCCGGCAGCACCACCUUCCCGAGCUUUAGCUCGGCAGGUUUUGCCCAAGCCAAGGAAUACUAUGAACGUCUCAUUCUCAAUCAUCCGUUCAUGAAAUCUUCACCACAUGCCAUAUCCUCGCUGCAUUUUUACCCUGCAAUGUUUGGCUUGUGGGUAUAUGUGACCCAAGAAAACAGCAACCAGGCUAGGGAGGAAAUCACUACUCGUCUCGAUGAAGAUUCUGAUGAAUUUUCAGACGAUGGGUCGGAUUACGAUCCUGAGCGGCAGCGACGGCAGCGGGGCAGAAAGGCCAUCGCCGCUGUCAGAGCUGAGGAGUUACAGCAAGCGCAACAAAUUUCUAUCCGCAUGGACCAGAGUCUAGCAUCCCCUCCGUUCUCUGACUCGGCUGAGUUGCUCGAGCUAAGAGGAAUGAUUUCGCUGUGGAUCGGCGAUCUGCUGGUCUCCUCAAUACCGUUGCCAGUGGAAGUUGACGACGAGUAUGACAAUGACAAUGACAACAUGCUUCUUGACGAAGCCCCGGGCUCUUUGGAAACCAGGCGUGCAAUCAGACUUGCCAAUGAUAAAAAGUCGCUUGAAGUCCGCAAAUCUGCGGACUUCUUUGAGAAGGCUCAAAAACGCGGAAGGAAUCUCGCUCACAAUUUGGACGACGUCCAUCUUCGGGACUUUUCCUAG